AUGAUUCGAAUAGUAUUUCGGAAACAAAGGUCGAGACGGGGCGGUCAGAACACUGGUACCACUGAAGAUACUAGACAAGUGGAAGAGAUUUUACAAGUGGAGGAGAUUUUACAAAUGGAAGAGAUUUUACAAGUGGAAGAGAUUUUACAAGUGGAGGAGAUUUUACAAAUGGAAGAGAUUUUACAAGUGGAAGAGAUUUUACAAGUGGAAGAGAUUUUACAAAUGGAAGAGAUUUUACAAGUGGAAGAGAUUUUACAAGUGGAAGAGAUUUUACAAGUGGAAGAGAUUUUACAAAUGAAAGAGAUUUUACAAGUGGAAGAGAUUUUACAAGUGGAAGAGAUUUUACAAGUGGAAGAGAUUUUACAAGUGGAAGAGAUUUUACAAAUGGAAGAGAUUUUACAAGUGGAAGAGAUUUUACAAGUGGAAGAGAUUUUACAAGUGGAAGAGAUUUUACAAGCGGAAGAGAUUUUACAAGUGGAAGAGAUUUUACAAGUGGAAGAGAUUUUACAAGCGGAAGAGAUUUUACAAGUGGAAGAGAUUUUACAAGUGGAAGAGAUUUUACAAGUGGAAGAGAUUUUACCAGUGGAAGAGAUUUUACAAGCGGAAGAGAUUUUACAAGUGGAAGAGAUUUUACAAGUGGAAGAGAUUUUACAAGUGGAAGAGAUUUUACAAUUGGAAGAGAAUAUUUACAAAUGCAAGCUAAUGAGGAAAGGGAAUUAG